CUUCUCCCGUGCGCAUGCGCAGUGUUGAUACCGAAGCCCUAGCUAGCAAUAAGAGGACCCAGUCAAGAACUGUUAAAAAAAUAAACAGCAAUUUAAUACUGUUAAUUAAUCCAUGUGGUAAUUUUGAAGUGGUGAACGCAAGCCGAGACGGUAAAAGAUGGAAAUUGGGACGGAGAUCAGCAAGAAAAUUCGGGCGGCCAUUAAAGGGAAGCUGCAGGAGUUGGGGGCGUAUGUGGAUGAGGAACUUCCUGACUACAUCAUGGUGAUGGUGGCCAAUAAGAAGAAUGCUCAGCAAAUGGCUGAUGAUCUCUCACUGUUUCUGGGCAACAACACCAUCAAGUUCACCGUGUGGUUACAUGGAGUGCUGGAGAAGCUCAGAUCAACUGCAGUGGAGCCCGCCUCUCUCCGCCCUAAACUCCUCCCCUCUGAUCCCAGCACGUCCAGUCGGGACGAGCGCAAAGGGGAGGAGCCUCGGGCUCUCUCCGUGUCCAGCUCACGCUCUGAUAGGUUAGAAGGACGGGUGUCUAGCUCCGCCCAUGAGCACCAUGGCAGGAGAACGUCCUCUGACCGCUCCUCCUCCAGACUGACCUCCACAGUGAAGCCUCUGCUUGAACACUCGGCCGAAGCCGUCAUCGACAUCAAGCCCGACCUGGAAGACGAUGACCUCAUCACCAACGAUCCCAGGGUCGUGCCGUCUGUGAAGCCCCGCCCCUUAGUCAGCCGUUCGUCCAAUCGUGGUUCUGGAAGAACAGAGGAGAGUUACAGGUCGUCCGAAGUCAUGAGAGGUCAGGAAAGGUCGAGCUCUAUUUAUGGGCGGAGCUACAGAGAGGGACACAGUAAGGACGAAUUCUCCCGGAAAAGGAAAGCUCCCGUGGCGAGCUCUGUGGUUCGGAUUCAGAAAGGUCACGGGCGCCUUUACGAGAGCGAGGAGGACGAGGAGGACGAGGAAGAUUACGGCAUGCCGAGUCGAGUUUCCCUCCCACCAAAACCAGAGCGCAAACCAUCUCUGCCUCCAGCGAAACAGGCCAAUAAAAAUUUAAUCCUGAAGGCUAUUUCUGAGGCUCAGGACUCCAUCAGCAAAACCACAGCUGUGUACACCAUCCCCCAGCGACAGACGGUUCCCGUGGCACCACGAACACGCUCAGCGAGCGACGAGAUGAGCAGAGCUGCCAUCCGAUUGGUCCAAGAGCACCUGCAUGAGCUCCUCCCACAGGAAGCACAUCACACCCGCCCAAACGUCCCUUCUCGCUCUCUGGCCUCUCGACUGCAGCAGGAUCUUCCAGAUGAUGAGAACAGAGAGCAGCAGUUUGAGCUGCAGCUGUUGGAGACAUCGAGACUGAAGGCUCUGGACACUCGCUCCUUCAUCAUGAGAAAACCAGAGCUGGAACAGAAUCCACCAAUCAGGAACAGGCUGGACACCGUCAAUCAGGAGGAGGCCACGCCCACCACUCCACGCACAGUGCAGGCCAGAGAAAAACCCGAGUGCAGUCCGAAGUUCAUCGUGACGUUAGAUGGAGUGCCGAGUCCUCUCGCCAGUCUCACUGAACACGACAUGGACACUGACCACGCCCCCAGCUCCAUGACCGUGGACCCCUCAGCUGACCACAGGACGAAACCAGUGCAAAUCAGCAUGACCUCUGACCUCUUGUUUGAUGAUGAAGGAAUGAUGAUAGAGGGAGAGGAACAGAUGGAGGAGGGAACGGCGAAGGUGAAGAGACAGAAGGUUCUAGAGCGCUGCAGGUUCUGGCCGGCAUGUAAGAGCGGAGACGAGUGUGUGUAUCACCAUCCUAAAACACAGUGCAGGACAUUUCCCAGCUGUGUGUAUGGAGAGAAGUGUCUGUUCAUCCAUCCUAACUGUAAAUACGACGGCAAGUGUUCCAAACCCGACUGUCCGUACACACACACCAGCCACAGAGCCCUGCUGCAGCCUCCCAAACCAGCUCCUCCUCCUCAGUCCAGCAGUGUGUGUCGUUUCUUCCCCGAGUGUAAGAGGACAGACUGUACCUUCUAUCAUCCUAAACCGUGUCGCUUUGCGGCGCAUUGUAACCGUACAGGAUGUCCCUUCUACCACCCACCAGCCUCGGUCCCACCCAGACACGCCCUCAAGUGGACUAAAGCACAGGCCAGCUGAAAAGGACGCUUGGCUCCGUCGCUCCACUGAACCUCAGGAUCCUUCUUCUUCUUCUUCUUCUCUUUUUAAAAUUUUGAUUUUCAGCUCUAUUUUUGAAUGUGUUCAAAAAAAUAAAUAAUUAAAAACAGCAUUUUUUGUAGAUUAUAAUUCAUUACUGAAUUAAAGGUAACUUUCAUUACGCUC